UCCCGGUGGUCAGUAGUCCUGUCCACGGUUCAAAAUUGACGCCAAGAUCUCGGGAGUUCCAAGGCAUGAACUACGGUGAACUAAACCAGGAGAGACCCUAUAGUGCUAUGAAUUACUACACUGUGAAUGCAGUGAGUUCUACAGAGCAGCAGCAGAAUCGAAAGAAGGGGAGUAAUGUGUUUACGAGUAAGUUGACGUUCCUGGAGGGCAGCAGCGACAGUGAUUUGGGCGACCGCUCUUUGACGAAAGUAGACACGGAAGUCGUAGAUAGAGAGUCUAUCUGAUGGGAGUGGGGUUAGCAAUCGGGACAGUAGAAGAAAAAUGUCGCCAUGUAUCCGAGAUAGUUCGACCAGUAGAAGCAGCUACUUGGAACUAGACCAAAAACGUCGCCAGUUCAGAGAACGAAGCUUGAGCCAAACCUCGGAGUCGAGGCCCAGAACUCCUCUGAAAAAGCAUCAAUGUCAGUUUGACAUGGACAAAAACGACAUCAAGUACAAAUCACGGGAGUCCAGAGCAGAAGAUGCAAAACAGGAUCCAAAACGCAUUUAUAGACUCCGGUCACCAACCUGUGGCUCUAAACACGCCUGUGACCUGCAGCGCUUCCCCUUCAUUCCUCCUGAUCACAACUUCGUGCCCAAAAUCAACAAAAGUAUCCCGCGUUUGUCCAAGAAAGGAUGCAAAGUAUAUGAAGUUCAGAGUUUCUAUAGACACUCUAAGUUCAAGAGAUCAAAAAGUUGUGGAGACAUUCCUCGUUCAAUUCCCACAGGGUAUUAUGACGACACGUGCCAUCUGCCGAAAGACUACCUGCCUCCGAUCUUGACCCGAGCAGUGGAGCUGAAACGAGCCUACAUGCGCCGCAAGAUAAAAGCGAAACGAAAAGCAGAGUUGAACGAAAAGAAAAUGCUUCGGAAAGUGAAACAAGCUAAUCGGAAAAUAUGCAAGUUUGGAUAUGAUUCAUCCUCUAGAUUGAGAGGGCGCUCAGCUCAUCGGAAGUUCCGAGGAGGAAAUUCGAGUGGAGAGGAGAGCCCGAGUCACUCGGAGGAUUCGGUGGAAGACUGUUCGUGUCUGGAGUCGUUUGAGGCAGAUUCGAUUGACUCGGGGUCUGAGAUUAUGGGCGGAAUGUCCUCAAUGCCAUUUGCUGAAAGUGUGAUGUCCUCAAACUUGACUUACCUGAUCGAUGAAACGCCAAAUGAUGCUGAAGAUUAGACUUAAACUAUUGGUUGCCCAAAACAACACUAUUUAAUUUUUUUAUUAAUUAGCGUGACAUAACUAGGUGUUACGUAAUUCAUUUA